AAUCAUCACGAAUUACUUUGUGGUUUCAUUGGCUGUGGCUGACAUGUUGGUGGCCCUUUUGGCGAUGACAUUCAACGCUUCCGUAGAGAUUACCGGCCGAUGGAUGUUCGGUGCGGUGAUGUGUGAUAUGUGGAAUAGUUUCGAUGUCUAUUUUUCAACGGCCAGCAUCAUGCAUCUCUGCUGCAUUUCAGUGGAUCGAUAUUAUGCGAUUGUGCAACCACUCGAUUAUCCACUGAUUAUGACACCCCGACGUGUAGUGUUUAUGCUGCUAAUGGUUUGGAUACUACCUGCUUUUCUCUCCUUUUUACCCAUCUGUUCCGGUUGGUAUACGACAGAGGAAAAUUGGAAAUAUUUGAAAAGUAAUCCACACUGCAUCAAAGACGAAGAUAGAAAUAUGGCUGACCUCUUCGAAGCCGUUAGCGAAGAGGUAGUCGGAUCCAUGUGCUGUUG